AUUCCGCGUGGUUGUAUCGCGUCACGAAAAGUCAAAUGAGGUGAGAUGAUGUUAAAGGCAGCGCCAGCGCCAGCACCAGCACCGUCGUCGCCCCUGUUGGUCCUAUCCAUGCCUCUGCCUUGCCAUUUUAUUAUUUGGUGAAUUCCUAAUUGCUAAUUUCUCCCUCGCCAAUAGAUUAGUACACAUCUCCAUUAAUAAACCUGAAAUAUCCAUAAAAAACACCUAAUAACAACCAUAAUGUACAGUUACAUGCUUGUAAAUUGUUCCAAUUGCCAGAUUCCGCUCCAGCUACCGCCGGGUGCCGAAUCCAUCCGCUGUGUUGUCUGUCAAGCUGUAACUCACAUCGCUGUCCACUCUCGCCAUGCUCCUCCACCAUCAAACCCCACCACUCCUCCUCCUCCUUCGACGCUCGCACCACCGUCCCCCUACAACCACGCGCCACCGGGCCCUCCACCAAACCAACACGGAAGAAAAAAGGCAGUUAUUGUUGGGAUUUCGUACAAGUACUCGAGGCACGAGUUAAAGGGGUGUAUCAAUGAUGCAAAGUGCAUGCGUCAUCUUUUGAUGACCAAGUUCCAGUUCCCUCAAGAUUCUAUUCUCAUGUUAACUGAAGAAGAAACUGACCUCUACAGAAUUCCCAACAAACAAAACAUGAGAAUGGCAUUAUUUUGGCUUGUACAAGGUUGUCAACCUGGAGAUUCCUUGCUUUUUCACUAUUCUGGACAUGGUUCAAGGCAAAGAAAUUAUAAUGGUGAUGAGGUUGAUGGAUAUGAUGAAACUCUAUGUCCACUUGACUUUGAAACUCAAGGUAUGAUAGUUGAUGAUGAAAUCAAUGCAACGAUUGUCAGACCUCUUCCUCAUGGUGUUAGGCUUCACGCAAUAAUUGAUGCUUGCCACAGUGGCACUGUAUUGGAUCUACACUUCCUUUGCAGAAUGGACAGGAACGGGCAGUAUGUAUGGGAGGACCAUCGUCCACGAUCAGGUAUAUGGAAAGGGACAAAUGGUGGAGAUGUCAUUUCUUUAAGUGGUUGUGAUGACAAUCAAACCUCUGCUGAUACAUCUGCUUUGUCAAAGAUCACUUCGACAGGUGCAAUGACCUUUUGCUUCAUCCAAGCCAUUGAGCGUGGACAUGGCACUACGUAUGGGAGCAUUCUAAACUCAAUGCGUACCACUAUUCGAAAUACUGGCAAUAACCUUGGCGGGGGGGAUGUUGUGACAUCUCUCAUCGGCAUGCUCUUGACAGGAGGCAGUGGUGGUGGUGGGCUGAGACAGGAGCCGCAGCUAACUUCUUGCCAGCCUUUUGAUGUUUAUACAAGACCGUUUUCUCUUUAAAGUUCUUCAUUUUGUUUUUCUCAUAUACCCGUCUUGCGAAUGCAAUAAAACCCAAAACUAACUCCCAAAUGGACCAAGUAUAAACGAAACAAAGCAUCCUUUUCCACUACCCAUCCAUUUCUAUCACAGACUACUAUUACCAUCACUCCAGUUUGGUAAUAGCUAUCUAUUUAGUACCCUGUUGAUACAACCUGAACAAGAGGUUCUCUUAUUCACAGAAUAAUGAGCUAAAAUUCAGAGAAAACAAAUGUGCGCAAAAGAAAUCAGAGACAAUAGUCUCCCUCUCCAAAAUGAAAAUACUGCCAUAUCAUAGGAAACAAGAUUGUAUUCAACAGAAGCAACCACCAAACUUGCAUGUAUCUGUGCCUGUUUUUGUAUGAUACCAUACUAUGAUACAUCCUAGUAGAAAAGACAUUGUGAGACACAGUACUGAAGUUUGUGAAAUAUAUUAAAAUUGGACCAAACCUACAAUUAACUUCAAUACUAUUCGAUCAUGAUUCUUCUUAGAAAAACUGAAACCAAUAAUAUUGAGAUGAAUGAGCAAAACACAUGCAUGACACGAAAUUGUACC